AUGGGAGAAAGGAGUUGGUAUAAUACAAGAGAAGAGAUAGAAGUAAAGUCUCCAUCGAGACUAGACGGUAUCGACUUAAAGCAAGAGAGUUUCCAACGUUGGUCUUACUCUACUUUCCUCCAAGAGCUUGGCAAGACUCUAAACAAUCAUCAGAAAUCAAUAGCUACAUCGAUAGUCCUAUGCCAAAGAUUCUUCACUCGCCAAUCUCUGGCGAAGAACGACCCCAAAAUAAUCAGCAUCAUAUGUAUGUUUAUCGCUGGAAAAGUCGAAGGGUCUCCUAGACCGGUUGGUGAUGUCAUCUCCAAGGCUUACUGGCUUUUACAUGGCAAGGAACCAUCGACGGAGGUGUGCGAGAGAUUGAAGGGGACUGUGCUAACCGGUGAGAAGUUUGUGAUGUCGACGUUAAGGUUUGAUCUCGAAAUCGAACACCCUUAUGAACCGGCUCUGGAUUGGGUUAGGAGAUCGGUUAAGGUCGAGAUGGAUGCUAGGAAAGUGUCUCAGGGUGCGUGGAAUUUCAUUAAUGACAGUUUAAGGUCGUCACUUUGUUUGCAGUUCAGGCCGCGUCAGAUCGCUGCGGCUGCUAUAUAUCUCGGCUCGGGCAUUAUGAAGGUGAAGUUACCAUGUGAUGGGGAGAAAGAUUGGUGGCUAGAGUUCGGUGUAACGAAACGUCAAUUAAUAGAUAUUUGUAACCAGAUGCUCGGAAUUUACCAACAAGAUUUCCUCGUUCCGGUUAUACAUAAGGACUAG